AUGGUCGACUACCGAUCGCCAGCCUUACAGGCCCCUCAUCGCAAGCCGCUGCCCGCUGGCAAUGCCGGUCUCCAAUUCUACAGCGCCGAUGCGUCGACCCCUCAACAAUCGCUCCCGCUCCGUGUGCACAACUCGCCUGCGAACAGCCAACAUCGUCCUCGCACCGCGUCUUCUUCCUUCCUCCCGUCGUCCAUGCACCCGCUCCGCCAGAUGACCCCUGUUUAUCCCCCGCAGCAACACCCACAACAACACCCCCAGCAACAGUACAGCGUCCCCUUUCCUUCCCGCCGCCCCUCAAAUGCGACAGUCUCGACCACGUCCACGGGAGGCAAUCCGCAUCCCAGUCGCCAUAUGAGUGCUUCACAGAACAAUGUCCGACGAAGCUCCUCCGGCCGAACCGCCAGCUCCCAGGUCGGCUAUGUCGCGCUAAUGCGGAGACAGAAGGCGACUGUCUGGUGCGAUCGAUCGCAAACCGAGGAUCCGCGCGAGGCUCACCAGCGACGCGUUGCGAAGCAAAGAGCGAUCCUGGAGGUGCAAGGAGGCGGUGGCUCCGGCCGGACAAGUACAUUGAUCAGCAGCGGAAAGAUUCGACACAGCUCAGCGACCAAAGCGUCACCGUUCACCACCGGGACCAUGGUUGGAGCGGGCGUGCCAUUGAGACUCAGCGCCAACGAAAUCGGAAACGCGGAUGAUGACCUUGAUAAUCAGGAUGGAUCGACGUACCAUCGUCGUACUGGAAGCGGACGAAGCUCUGCUGGCAGCAAUAGGCUUCAACGGCCCAACCAACCUCGAUUGAGUAUUGGUAGUGCCGGCACGCCUCCCAACGCCGAACCUGCAGAAUCUCGAUUCGAUAUUCCGGACAUUGUUGAAACACCUGCUGCGGAAACUGCUGGUGAAUUGAAAAGCCCUGUCUUGGGCAAGGAUCAUGCUGGGGCCGGGUUUCAGGGAGGAUCAGCAUCGGAUAACAACGCUCGUCCUGGAACCGCCCUGUCGAAUACAAGCGAGAGGGAAGAGGAUUUUGGAAUGAUUACAGAAAUGAAGGCCCCAAGCGGAGCUGCUGCAGCUGCCCGACGAUACAAAGCCGCUGAAGAGUUGAAACGAAGGGGGAGCGUUGACGACCGAACAACUACCUUGGGCAACGUCAGACUAUUCGUUGCCAAUCCGGAUCUAAGUGAUUAA